AUGGGAAUGGAAUCGUGGUGGUCGAAGUUUAUUUCUGUAUGUAGUUUUAUUUUGCUAUUACUCAAUGCCACUCACUGUUUUUCACCUGUACAGAGUCAGGCACUUGGCCAGGUUGAUGAGUGCUCAGCCUUGCUGCAGUUCAAGGAAAGCUUUGCAAUUAAGAAGUCUGUUUCUGCGGAUCCUCUUGCUUAUCCGAAGGUUUCAUUUUGGACGCGAGAAGGAGAUGGGAAUCGGAGUAAUUGUUGUUCAUGGGAUGGUGUUGAGUGUGAUGAAGACUUUGGCCAUGUUGUCGGCCUUGAUCUCCGUAGCAGCUGUCUCUACGGUUCUAUCAAUUCCAGCAACACUCUCUUCCGCCUUGUUCACUUGCAGUGGCUUGACCUCUCAGAUAAUCACUUCAAUUUCUCUCAAAUACCAUCAAGAUUUGGUCAUGAUCUUUCGAGUCUAACAUAUCUCAACCUUUCACAUUCCUUAUUCUCUGGCCAAAUUCCAUCAGAAAUUUCAAAGUUAUCGAAGCUGUCUACCCUUGAUCUGUCUUUCAAUUCUCAGAAAGUUGAUGAUGAUAGUUUCCCUUUGAAACUGACCAAGGGCAACAUGAGAAGCCUGGUUCAGAACUUGACCACCAUAAAACAACUUCAUCUUAAUUGGGUAGAGAUGUACUCCACUGUGCCUGAUAUCUUGGUCAAUGCAUCUUCUCUUACAUCUCUCCAACUUGACAUUUGUGGGUUGUAUGGGGAAUUCCCAAUUGGCAUCUUCCACCUACCAAACUUAGAGGUUCUUGAUGUGAAUGGUAACUCAAACCUUACCGGUUAUUUCCCUAACUUUAACAGGAGCAAUGUUUUCAAGAAAUUGGUUGUUGGGUUCACAAAUUUUUCUGGUAUGCUGCCUGCUUCUAUGGGAAACCUUCAUUCCUUAAAUUUUUUGGACAUCUCUUGGUGUCAUUUUUACCCCCUUAUUCCAUCUUCACUCGGAAACCUUACCCAGCUCAACGACCUUGACAUGAAUUCAUUUAAUGACAUUCCAAAUAAUAAUUCCACAGGCCAAUUAGUUUCUGAAUAUUCCUUGUCUUGGAUAGCAAGUUUAACCAACCUCUACAGUUUGUCCCUUUGGGCCACCAAAUUCAGGGGAAAAUUCCCAAGUUUUGUGGCCAACCUCACGCAACUUUCAUUACUAGAAUUGGGUGGUAACGAAAUAACUGGUCAAAUCCCAUCUUGGCUUAUGAAUUUGACCCAGUUAACUACUCUAAACCUCGGGGGUAACAAUUUGAGCGGAGCAAUUCCUAGGUCACUCUUCCAGCUCCAAAAUCUUGAAAUUCUUGACCUUUCCUCUAAUAGCUUGAGUGGACAAGUUGAGUUUGAUCAGUUUUCCCAGCCCAAAAAGUUAAAGAAUCUUCGAUUAGCAUACAACAAGUUAUCUCUGCAGAUCAUAACCAAUUUGAGUGCUACUGUUCCACAGCUUGAAUCUCUAGAUUUGACGUCAUGCAACUUAACAGAGUUUCCAGAAUUUUUAAAAUAUCAAUCCGAAUUGCGCUUCUUACGACUUAGCGACAACAACAUUCAAGGGCAAAUACCAAAAUGGGUGUGGAAUGCAACUAGAGAAACUUUGUUGUUUCUCAAGCUCUCUUCCAACUUCUUAACGGGAUUUGACCAAAAUCCAAUCAAUCUUCCAUGGCAGAAUCUAUAUCAUUUAGAUCUCCGGACCAAUAUGUUACAAGGAUCACUGCCAAUUCCACCACAAUCAAUCAUAAACUACAUGGUCGGCAGCAAUUAUUACAGUGGAGAAAUUUCGCCCUCGUUCUGCAACUUGAAUCAUUUGCACAUUCUUGAUUUGUCCAACAACAGCCUGAGUGGCAUGCUUCCACAAUGUUUGGGGAACUCCAGUGCUCUUGAAAUAUUGAUGCUGAUGAACAAUUCAUUUCAUGGCAGUAUUCCUCAAAUAUGUCCAGUCGCAAAUAGUUUGAAAAUGGUUGAUUUGAGUUACAAUCAGUUACAGGGAAAAGUACCAAGAUCAAUGGCCAAUUGCACUCGAUUAGAGUUUCUUAACCUUGGAAACAAUCAUAUGCGUGACAUCUUCCCAUCUUGGUUAGGGGCACUUCCAGCACUACAGUUUCUCAGUUUGAGGUCUAAUGGAUUUCAUGGCAUGAUUGGGAAGUAUGCAACUAACCAUGACUUCCCAAAGUUGUGCAUCAUUGAUUUAUCUGACAAUGGUUUUUCAGGUGUGUUGCCCUCUAACUACUUAGAGAACUGGAAUUCCAUGAAAUCUGUUGACGAGAGCCAGCAAACUUAUUUUCAAGUCAUUUCGACAGCAGACAACAACUCAGCUAAAUAUUCGUAUGGCUUUGCUUAUCCAUACUCAAUCACGACUUUCGCAAAAGGUGUUGAGUUGAAAUUUAUAUGGACUCCUUAUCUUCUUAGAUUUAUAGAUUUCUCAAGUAAUAGAUUUGAAGGAGAGAUUCCAGCAGGUGUCAUUGGGAAUCUAAGAGGCCUUCUUUUCCUUAACCUUUCCAACAACGCUCUCACUGGUCUCAUCCCAUCAUCUUUAUGGAACUUGACGGCUCUUGAAUCGUUGGAUCUCUCCCGAAACCAGCUCUCAGGAAGGAUCCCCGGUAAUUUGGCACAACUCACUUUCCUUGAAUAUUUCAAUGUAUCCUAUAACCAUCUUUGGGGUCCUAUACCACUUGGCCAACAAUUUGGUACAUUCCUAGAAGAUUCAUACCAAGGAAACUCAGGUCUGUGUGGAAAGCCUUUGUCAAAGAAAUGUGAUAGCUCAAUAUUGCUACCACCAUCAAUCUUUGAAGAAGAUGAAGAUUCCGGGUUUCAAAUUGCACUAGAUUGGUAUGUGGUUCUGCCAGGAGUUGUUAGUGGUCUAAUAGUUGGAGUGGUUGCGGGGAACUUUUGGACAAGCAAGAAUCAUGAAUGGUUUUUAGAGAAAUUUAGCAGGAAGAGGCAGCCAAGAGGCACACGGGGGAGGAGAGGACACAGAAACUAA